AUGUCGUCUACGGGAUCCACGGGCGUUGACCGCGCGCUGCCUGGCUAUGGCCACACAAAUAAUUCCCGCCACCACGAUGAGAAGGUCGUCGGCGAGCCAUACGGCGAGGCCCUGGAAAGCGGCUUCCGCACUUCUCUCGACUCAGGCGACAAGAAGGACCUUACGCAUCGCAAGCUCAAGUCGCGCCAUAUCCAGCUCAUUGGCAUCGGCGGCACUAUCGGCACCGCCCUCUACGUCCAAAUUGGACGAGGUCUUCUCAAUGGUGGCCCUGCGAGUUUGUUUCUGGCCUUUAGUAUCUGGUGCACCUUCAUUCUAGCGGUGACACUUAGCAUGGCUGAGAUGGUUACAUAUCUCCCGAUUUCCAGUCCGUUCAUCCGAUUUGCGGGCCGUUACGUCGAUGAGGCCUUUGGUUUCGCUGCCGGCUGGAACUUUUUCGUCUUCGAAGCCGCACUUGUUCCAUUCGAAGUGGUCGCAUGCAACCUCAUUAUCCACUACUGGAGCGACGUCGUGCCCGCGGGAGGUAUCAUCGCCAUCAUUCUCGUACUCUAUGGCUUGAUCAACGUCAUGGCGGUCCAAUGGUACGGCGAGACAGAAUUCUGGGCAGCUCUAGGCAAAUUCCUGCUCAUUGUUGGCCUAAUCAUCUUCACCUUCAUCGUCAUGCUCGGCGGCAACCCUCUCGGCGAUCGCUUCGGCUUCCGCUAUUGGAAUGAACCUGGGGCUUUUGCGGAGCUUUACUACUCUGGCAGUUUAGGCCGCUUCCUGGGAUUCUUGCAAUGUCUAAUCCAAGCCUCCUUCACAAUCGCUGGGCCGGACUACGUCGCCAUGGCAGCCGGCGAGGCCGAGAACCCGCGAAAAGUCAUGCCCCGUGCCUUCAACGCCGUCUUUUACCGUCUGACGGCCUUCUUCGUCCUCGGCUCCCUCUGCGUCGGUGUCCUAGUGCCCUACAACGAUGAGGAAAUGACCAGAGCUUUCAAGAACGGAGAGCCCGGCGCCGCUGCCUCGCCCUACGUUGUCGCUAUGAACCGGUUGAAGAUUGGUGUCCUCCCGCACAUCGUCAACGCCAUGGUCCUGACGGCCGCUUUCUCCGCCGGAAACUCAUACGUCUACUGCGCCUCGCGCUCGCUUUACGGCCUGGCGCUCGAGGGCAAAGCCCCCGCCAUCUUCAAGAAAUGUACCAAGAAGGGUGUCCCCGUCUACUGCGUCAUCGCAGUGCUUCUCAUCGGUCUCCUUAGCUUCCUCCAGCUCAGCAACAACACGGCUGUCGUGCUGAACUGGUUUGUCAGUCUGGUGACGGCCUCACAACUCAUCAAUUUCUCCUGCAUGUGCACGGCCUACCUGGGCUUUUACCACGCGCUCAAGGCGCAGGGAAUCAGCCGUGACUCGCUGCCGUACAAGGCAUGGUUCCAGCCGUACGCCGCCUGGUACGGUCUCAUCGGCACCUUCAUCAUGACUUUUGUUGGCGGUUACACUGUUUUCCUUCCUUUGGAUGGCAUGUGGAACAUUCCCAACUUCUUGUUCUCUUACACUAUGGUUGGGAUUUUCCCCCUUCUCUACAUCGGAUAUAAGUUCGAUCUACGAAAGUUCAAGAAGCGCACCAGGAUCUUCAAGCCCGAGGAAGUUGACUUGUACCGCAACAAGGAGGAGAUUGACGAGUACGAGCGGAAUUUCGUGCCUCAGCCAGCAAACAAUAUCUUCGAAAGAGUUCUCGACAAGCUCUUUGGCUAA